GCAACCGGGCACCGGAAGCAUUCCGCCAUUUUAGACCCACGCUCUUGUUUACGUUGUGAGCGAAAGUUUCAGUGUCGUUGAUUAAAAUGGCAGAUAAAUUAGAUAUGAGCUUAGAUGAUAUAAUAAAACAGAAUAAAACACAAAGAGGUAGAGGCAGAGGAGGUCGUGCAAAUCAACGCGGUGGUAGAAGAGGCCGUGGUCAACAAAGUAGGAGAGGAAGUGGUGGUGGUGUUUACCGUGGCGGUGUUCAAAGAAAUCGUGGCGGGAGCGCUGGCGGUUUCAACCAACAACAAAGGACCAGGGAUGUACCAGAUGUUUGGCAGCAUGAUAUGUAUGAUGGGGCUUCCUCCACACCGGCCAGACGGGGUGGAAGUACACCAAGUGGCGGCUCUGGAAAAUUACUAGUUUCAAAUCUUGACUUUGGGGUUAAUGAUUCUGAUAUUCAGGAGCUGUUCUCUGAAUUUGGGGCAUUAGUAAAAGCAGCAGUGCAUUUUGACAGAUCUGGUCGUUCAUUGGGAACAGCAGAAGUGAUAUAUCAGAGAAGAACAGAUGCAGUUAAAGCAUUAAAGCAGUAUAAUAAUGUUCCACUAGAUGGUCGGCCCAUGAACAUACAAUUGGUAGGUGCACCUGCAGUAGGAAGUGCUAACUCACGACUUGGUACAAGAGGAGGGGGUGUCAGGCAAACUGGAGGAUACCGUGGGGGAAGCAGAGGAGGUCGUGGUGGAAACAGAGGGCGUGGCGGUAGAGGUGGACGUGAAAAGAAAGAUCUGCCCACUGUUGAAGAUUUGGAUGCACAAUUAGAUGCAUAUAAUGCUAAGAUGGACACAAGUUAAACAAGGAAAGCUAACCAUCUGAUGUAUUAUAGCGUGACAAUGGGAUGAAAGGAAUUUUAAUACAGUGUAAAAUUUUGUAAUGCUGAGACACAAUAUCAUUAUUUGAUGUUCAUCUUAUCAUAUUUUUACUUUUUAUGUCAUGUCUGUUAAAUCAUGUUUUAGUUUAUUUUAACUCACUGUAAAAUUUUAGCCAUUGAAGAUAUUGUCUGUACUGUGAAAGACUUGUUAAUUUAAUUCUUUAUUUUAUAAGUUUCGACACUGUCUUCAUCAUACAUAUAAAUAUAAAAGAUAUCUGUGCAACUGCUGUUUUAUUUUUCUUUGAAGUAAUAUCAGUUAAAUGUUUUAUUCUCCAAAAAAAUACAAAAUAGUUGGUUAAAAGUAAAGGCAAAUUAAGUAAUAGGACUCCUCAUUAUUAUUAGCUUAUGUCAAAAAAAUAUUCAGACAUAUAGGUUAGGAUUGGUUAACAUGUUUUGCCCUCUCUUGAUAUGCCAUUUUUCCAAAAAUACAAAAUAUAAUAUAUAGUAUUUCCAAACUUAAAGUCACUCUGUCUUGUCUACUCAGUUAAUGUUUAGGCUGAAACUUAAAGGUGGAUGUUGACUCAGUUUUUAUAUUUUAUGCUGUGGGCUACUAUAAUUGGUAUUGUUGUAACUGGUGGCUCCCUUGUGUGCUGCUGUUUUUGCUUUAACAGAAAUGUGCAACUGAAAGUGAAACAGGAAAGUUUUACAAGCAGCCCAGCUGCAGUUACACUACCCAGAUGCUAGUGAUUGUCAUGUAAACAGCCAAUUAGCUACGUAUUGUAGAUCCAAUCACAUAUUGACAAGAUGACAGUUUCUUAGUUCCAGUCGCCACCUAUUUAUAUAGGAGUUGAAUAGUUUGUCCAUAGUUAAUAUGGAAUAUUAGGCCUACUUGCUCUUUUUGGGUUAACAGUUCAAAUAAAGUAAGCACCAUAGAAACCACCUUUCCUUUCUGGCAGAAAUUGACUCAUCACUUGCACUGAUAAUGUUUAUUGUCUUGUAUAUUGAAGCCCACACGCCUCUUAUCUUAAGCUGAAAUUAAGGUGUCUCUUGUUUUGCCAACCACAGAAUCAAAUACAGCGGUCAUCAGGUAGAGUUAACUUGUGGCUUGUUCAGCACUGACAGAACCAGGAUCUUUUCAUGCAUCAACCCAUAGCCCUUGCGGCUCCUCCCAUGAACAAUAUUUGUUCAAGAGCACACUACACAAGGGUGUGGUCAAAUAGUGUUUGCCUGCUAACCCAAAAUCUUGAGUUCUGAUCCUCUGCUCAGUUCCAUAGAACGUCCACCCAGCUCUGACUGAUACCUGACUCAUAAUAAAAAUAAAGGCUGCUGGGCCACAAUUUUUCUUUUAUAUGCCAAUGUCACUAAAAGUGAAGUAGUGACCUGCACACUAUAGAGAAAAUGCAAUUGUGUCAACUUACUCAAAUUAUUUAUACCAAAUUGAAAUUGUAUAGGGGACAGCCUCUACAUGACAGUAAAAUGAUCCAUCAUUGCUGUACAAAUGCAUAAUGUCACAAGUAUAUUGUCUUCUAUGCUAUGUAACAUUCCAUAACCUGAGCAAAAUGUGUUCAUUAGUCAAGGCACAAAAAGAUAGUACAGGUAAUAGGUUUUUUUUUUGCGAUGGUCUGAGCCAUUAAAAAACAAAACUAACUGCACAUACAGAAUUUAUUUACUCAUACACCUUUGUCUUUUUGAGAACAUUAUCAGCACAUUUUUAUUCUCAUAAAUUGCUAGUAAAUUAUUAUAACAACAUUGGUUGAUUCUCUCAUAAAGAUAAAUAUUUAGCAUCACUUGUAUGUUUACUAGGUAUAAAUUUACAAACUGAAUGAUCAAAUGUAUGCAAACAUACAUAUAUAAACAAAAAUUCAUUACGUGCACACACACAUAUAUAAACAUACAAGUAUGUAUAUACACAUACACACAUGUAGAUAUGCAAAUAUGCAUAUAUAUAUUUAUGUGCAUAUUUGUAUAUCAUACAUAUCUAUGUAUGAUAUAUAAAAUCGUGUUGACAAAUACUCUUGAUUUUUUUUCUGAAAAUCUAUAAGUAUGCCCUGAAAAAGCAAUGCUUGAUAAUAAUAAUGCUUUUUUUUUAAAUACUAAAACAAAUUUUUUAAAUAAGGUAAAAAAUUUUUUUAAAAAGUAACAGAUAAGCUCUCAAUAAUAAUUAGUUAAUAAUAUGACCAAAUGCAAUGUGUGUAUAGAAAAUAAUCUCAAAAAAAGUUUAUGUAAUAUUCACUCUAAUUGUGCUUUUUGUUUUUAUUAAAGAAUUUGAACCUUUUUAUAAUUAAAAAAUAAUUGAAAUAACUGAAUUUCAUUUCUAAAAAUUAUGCCUUUAUAUUAUAAUUUACACAAAUAUUUUUAUUUUGAAAAUACUAGUAAUUGUAUGGUAUGGAGUCUUUAGUAUUACAAAUCUAUAUUUAAGUUAGUGUUAGGAAAGAAUGGAACAAACAAAAAUCACUUGCCCUUAUUACAAAGAAAAUAGUAUUUAUAAAGGAUUAAAAGUUUUUGAGUAUUCAUUCAUAAUAAUUUGCAUCUAUUAUUCCAAAAUUAUGAAGGAUAAACUAUAACCUUAUUUUUAACAUUACACAUUUCUAGUGUUUCUGUUUUGACAUUUUAUUAAAGCUUUAGUUAUAAAAAAAAUCUGCAAUAAAUUACCUAGCUUUAUAGCUGCAAAACAAAUUAAUAAAAUGUGUAAAUUAUUUGUAUCACUUUUUUUACAUCAUAUAUGUAUUUAAGU